CCACCACAUAACACACACACACACACACACACACACACACAUAUGGCGUUGUCCGCUCUCGCUCGCGUGGCACUCGCCUCCGCCCUUGCCUCCGUGGCGGCAGCCGGCGCCGCCGAGACGGCCGCGGCCGCGGUCGCGUCUCAGGAGCGGGCCGACUCUGCCGCGUCGAACAGCGCCAACAAACUCGUGACGGCCGAUCUCUCGGAGGGCAAGUUCAAGGAGGCGGCGGCACACUUCUGGGCCGCGUCGAACAAGGCCUCCGUGCACACCACGACGGCGAUGACCAAGGCGCUUGCCGACUUUGCCGCCUGGCUCGAGACCGAGGGCGGGCAGGUGAGCCUGGUGGAGGCGCAGGCGGCAGCAGAGGCCGCAGAUGCGACGCCCGCCUCGACCGCCGCAGCCACCGACGCGGCGGCCGCCGACGCGCAAAGCAAGGCGGGUUCCCAGACCGCGGCCGCCACGCAGGGCGUCGCGACCACGCUCUCUCUCACGACGGACGCGCAGGACGCCGCGAUCAAGCGGCUGAAGGCGGCGUACGAGCAGGCGGGAGGAGGCAUGGACGGCGCGGGCGCCUUGCUGGGCGAGGCGAACGACGUGCUCUCCGUGGUGAAUGCGUAUGCCCUCCAGGCCAUCUCCUCCGGCGUCGUCAAGGACAAGGCGGAGAUUGCAGAGCGCGCCAAGGCUGCAGAGUCGUUCGAUGACAAGGCGGCCGUUGCCGUCGACUCUGCCGUGGCGAUGGUCUCCGACAUCUCCGCGGCGGGCAAGGCGAACGCGGUCGCCGCGGCGACCAACGCCGCGGCUGGCCUCUCCUCCACCACAAACAGCUGGCGCAUCGAAGAAGGCGCCGCGUCUGAGGCGCCCGCCGCUGAGGCGCCGGCGGAGAAGGUUGGCUGGAUGCCGUUUGCGCAGACGGGCGCCGAGACGGGCGCGGGGUUCGCCGCGCAGGGGCUCGACACCGGCUUCCGCUUCUUCACGGACCCGAGCUUCGACUUCCAAAAGGAGGGGCAGGCGUACCAGGCGUCCUCCAAAGCCACCGCGGACAAGUUCGCCUCCAUCCAGUUCUCGGAGAAUGCCACCGUCGGCGACGCCUCCGCCUCCGCCGCCUCGUUCGUCGCCGCAAAGUACGCCGAGCAGCAGGCCGCCAAGCAGAUGGAGAGCGAGGCUGCGGCGAGCGUCGCGUCGGAGGCGUCGCUCAAGCUCGCCGCCGCCGCCACCGCCACGCCCAGCCGCGCGCAGCCGGCCGCGGCGGCGGGCGUGGUGGCGGCGGCGCUCGCCGCUGUGGCUGUGGGCAUUGCCCUCCGCCGGCGUCGCGGCGCGGCGAACGCGGGAGAUCCCGCGGCUGCCCCCGCGCUCAUGGUGUGAGAGCUCUGGCUGCACUCGCCUACGGAGAGACGAGUGCGUGUGUGUGUGUGUGCCCGAGAUUGCGGCAUGAGUUGGUCGUGCUGUUGCGGUGGAAGAGCUUCGAACAUGUCCGACAGCGGGAGACCGCGAAGGCCGAAGGGCACCGUCAUGCUUGUAUCAGUCGCAUGCACAUACACAUGUCAUGGUACAUGGGUUAUGGUGAUAUCCGCGUACAUUCAGAUCG